CUUCGCAGAGCCGUGAAAUGGAGCAGGCUAACGGUAUCUCGAGAAAGAAAAAAAAGAGCUAUGUGCGCUUGCGCAGCAUUGUGUUCGCCUCCUGGUCUGUUAACUUGCGCGUUUCGCGAAGGGUUUGUGGAACUUCUGAGUCUUCUCCGGGAUUGACUUCAGUUUAGCCCACAACUCUCGCACUAACCUCCCAGGUCUUUGUCGCGGCGCCCAGCUCUUCUCGUAUUUCCUUCGCAGAUGCCAUGAUUAGACAAGAAAUCUCGACAGCUUACCAGGAGCUUAAUGAAGAUAUGGAGCAAGUACCUGCAGAUCUGGUGGCAGGAACAGAAGAAGUAGAUGAAGAAGAUACCAGCUCAACUAUUCUUCCAGACAGCAACAGCCCUUCAGUGCGUUUCAGCAAGUCCUGCCUGAAGAAUGUCUUCUCAGUAAUUCUCCUCUUCAUUUAUCUUCUGCUUAUGGCUGUUGCCGUUUUCCUUGUCUACCAAACCAUUGCUGACUUCCAAGAAAAGCUCAAGCAUCCAGUGAUGUCCGUCUCUUACAAGGAGGUGCCUUUUUAUGAUGCUCCUGGCAUUGCCAUCUACCCAGGUCAGGCUGAACUGCUGGCCUGUAAGCAUCAUUACUAUGAUUAUAUUCUGCCUUUAGUCAACCCGGGUCUGCCAGGAGAAAUUGAAUGCAUUACUGAGAGAGUCAACUACACAGAUCCCUUUACUAAUGAAACCACGAAACAUGCUGUGAUUGUCCAAGGACCUCGUGAAGUGAAGAAACGAGAACUGGUGUUCAUGCAGUUCCACCUAAAUGAGACGGACCAGGAUUUCAGUGCCAUAGACUAUCUUCUCUUUUUCUCUUUCCAAGAAUUCCUCAAAAGUCCAAACAAGUCAGCCUUUAUGAAGAGGUGUGAAAGCUCCUACUCCAGCUGGAAAUUCUCUGGUGGUUUUCGAACCUGGGUCAAAAUGUCUUUGGUGAAAACAAAAGAAGAAGAUGGCAGGAAGACAGUUGAAUUCAGACAAGAGAUCAGUGUGGUUAACUACAUCGAACGGAGAACAAAAGCUGGGGGUGACCAACUGUUUUUUGUGGUAUUCGAAUGGAAAGAUCCUUUUAUCCAGGAAGUUCAAGAUAUUGUCACUGCAAAUCCCUGGAACAUGAUAGCUCUUCUUUGUGGCAUCUUCUUGGCUUUAUUUAAAGCAGCUGAUUUUGCUAAAUUAAGUGUGAAAUGGAUGAUAAAAAUCCGCAAACGGCACCUCAAGAGAAGAAGCCAAGUCCUGAACCACAUAAGCUGAGGACUAUAAGCUCCACUGGAAAAGUUUUGUAAUACACUGGAUAAUCAAAUGAUUUGAGACUAAACCACUACAGAAGCAGUAGACCUGCACAGAGAAAGUGUUUUGUUGGAAUAUCACACCACAAAACUUGAAGUUCUGGAGAAAUCAACUUUGUAUGAACUCCUGUCAAUUCCAAGCUAUUUUUAACUCUUAAGUUUCUUUACCAAGAUACUAAGUGCUGGAAAGACUCUUGAAAUAAUGGUCCAUUGUUUGUAACAAAACUUACAGUCUAGUAUGUAUAGACAAAUCUUUAGCAGUGAAGCAAAAUCAAGACUUGUUUCUAAGUUGAGAUUCCUGCCCAUCUUAAAUCAGGUUGUCUUUACCAUGGAGCCCAAUGCUAAUGAGUUUAGUUAAUCUUGUGGUCCAAGUUUUGAGCUCUAGCAUUUUCAAUUAAAAUCUCAGGGAGAAAGAUGCUUACUUGAAGGUCCAGGGAGUUCUUGCCUUCAGGGUAUGCUGCCAGUUUGAGGGGACAGUACCAAGAUAGCUAAACUAUUGGGCUGAUCCAAUGUAUGGCAGAGAUGCUCAAACACCCGCAAGUUUGGCUUACAUCCUGUUUUCCAGGGCAAACAGGUGUUGGUUGACAUAUUUAGGACUGUUCACUAGGUUUUGACUUUAUCCCUUAUAGAGCAGUACAGCACCAUCAGUUUUUCCUACAGCUUUGGCUACUAUUUUUCUGUUGUACCACUGGAGGACUUUUGGAGGUUUAAUUGCUGUUGCACACUAAUAUUCUAACCAUCUAUUGCCAUGAUUUUUGAAGUCCUGGCUUUCACUUUUUAAAAAAUAUAGCUGUAGCCUAAACUUUUCUUAUGUAGGAAUGGUGGCUUGGCUUGGGGCUGCACGUAUAGUCAAAUGAGACAUAAAUGAAUGGGGUUAUUUUUUUAAAAAGUCCUACCCUUCAGUGGUUGUCUAAGUAUUCCUGACUUCACAGCUACAACUUCACUUGGAUCAUUUGCAUUUGCGCAGUUUUGAAGAAACCCAGUGCAAGACUGUUCAGCAGACAUUUGCUGCCAACCCCGAGUGCAUUAUCAGCUCACAUCUGAUUGUCACAAAUGUGCAGUACCCAAGAGUAUCACUAAUUUGGAUUACUAAAGGUCUGCAGGUCAACAUGAAAUGUUGGAAUUUUAUCACAAAUUCCAUUUUGGUUAAAAAUGUAUCUGUUCAAAAUGUUUCAAUAAAUUAUACUUGUGUGCAGCUUCUUUAAAAA